GUGAUUUUAGUCCGUCCACUGUCUGGGACACAGACCUGUACAUGCAGCUCCCCGAGAACAAAGACACGAUCGUACCACGCCAUACCCCGGGCAACUUCGUCUAUGACAUGAACCCCUGCGCCAAACUCAUCAUUAUGUUAAGAAAUCCAGUGAACAGACUCUACUCAGACUAUCUCCAUUUCUAUGAACACAAGUCACCCAAACAUUUCCAUGAAAUUGUGACAAGUACAAUAGACCUCUACAAAGAAUGCUUCCAGAAGUGGGGAGUCCGGCCUUGUGUACAUCGGUAUUACCUAGAGGUGACCGGUAAGGCUCGGCUCCGCCUCGGAAUUUAUUACAUAUAUAUUUCUGAUUGGUUAGACAAAUUCCCACGUGACCAGUUCCUUUUUAUCCGGUUAGAAGAUUAUGCUGUUGACACAAAGCGCCACCUUAAAGACAUUUUCAAAUAUCUGGAUUUACCUCCAAUAUCUGAUGGCCUGUUAAAUGAGAUGUCGUCAGCUGCUCCGAAAAACACACGACGGGACCGGAAGGCAGACAGUGAUGCGCCCCCUAUGCUACCGGAAACGAGACUUGCACUAAAAGAAUUUUAUGCACCGUACAAUAAAAAACUAGCGAUUCUUUUAAACGAUAAACGUUAUCAGUGGUAGAAGAUUCUAUACAGGGAUGGACAGUGUUCCGAAUGUAGAGUGUUCCGGAUGUUGAAUGUUUCGGUUGUAUAGAGUAUAACUCAUUGUGGGAUGUCCCGCAUGUAGAGUGUUCCGAAUGUUGAAUGUUUCGGUUGUAUAGAGUAUUCCUCAUUGUGGAAUGUUCCGGAUGUCAAGUGUGCCGGAUGUGAAAUGUUCCGGACGUCGCGACUUACGGAUGGAGAACAGUACGCUGCAGGCAGCACAACUUCAAUAAAUUGAAAAAAUAAAUAAAUAAAUAAAUAAAUCAGUGUUCGACGUAAUGUGUCGUUACUAUUGUAAUCAUACAGGAUCAUAAAUGAACAUUUUAUAUGAGAUUUUAU